AUGCAACUAAUACCGAAAAAGUUUUGGAAGCCACCUUACAGAAUAAGUAUACGUGCUCAAUUAACUGCACUUGUCAGUUUAGUUGCCAUUAUAUCUUUGAUUAUUUUAGCUGUUACGGCUGGUGUUUAUUUCACUGCAAACUAUAAAAAUUUAAAAACUGGGAGGUUAUAUAUAGCUGCUCAACUAAAAGCUUCACAGAUAGAUCAAACCUUGAACUAUUUGUAUUACCAAUGCUACUAUCUAUCAUCAGGAGAGACAUUGCAGAACUCGUUGGUUAGUUAUUCUGCUGGUAACAUCAGCAGUACUAACUGGUAUGAAUCAAGUCUGGUUCUCGAAAAAUUUUUGACUUCAUCAGAUCUAUUCUCUGUUGCAAGACUGUAUGAUACUAACUUUAAUAUAAUGAUCAAUGCAACAAAUAAUGCUUCAGGAAAUUACGUCCCAGAAAGCGUUAUAGAUAAAUUAUUCACUUUAUCUUUAAAUAUAUCACUACCGUCAUCGUUGGAAACUAUAGGCAUAUGCACAGAUCCAGUAUUAAAUGGUAGUAAUUUUCUAAUGUCUAUGUCGUUGCCUAUUUUUGCUAAUCCAUCUAUCAUUUUAUCAGACUCUAGAAUUUAUGGAUACUUAUCUGUGAUUAUGUCUGCGGAAGGUUUGAAGAGUGUCUUCAAUGAUACAACUGCUUUAGAAAACUCAGAGGUGUUUGUUAUUUCGGCAGAUUAUUCCAUAACAACAAAUUUAGAGUAUUUUAAUUUUUUAUUUGCCUCUGCUUACGAUAAUGCAGAUAAAGAUUACGAUCUACAUUACAGAAUUGAUAAUGACACAUUCGUAUAUAAUGGUUUAGUUAAUGGGAAAGGUGGUGCAGUGAAGAAGACUAACGGAUUCCUUGGUACAGCUGCUGCGGUUGGUUAUUCAUCAUGUUCAUUCUCCUUAGUGAAUUGGUUGGCUAUUGUUGCUCAACCGGAAGCUGCCUUCUCAGAGUCUGCUACAAAACUAGAGAGAAUUAUCAGUGGGGUAGUUGUAGCAGUUGCUGUUUUUGUGUGCUUGUUAACAUUUCCACUGUCACAUUGGGCUGUACAGCCCCUCAUCAGAUUACAGAAAGCCACCGAGCGUAUAGCAGAAGGGAGAGGUUUAAGACCCCCCCAACCUACUGUUGGUUCCAGUGUUAGCAGAAAUAGCUCUAUUAAAUGGAGAAAUAGUUUAGAAAAUCAUGUGAGAUCAUCGCUUGGUUUUAAUGCUAAUAAACUUUCUGACAGCGGAAGUAUAACAGCAAAUAAUUUCAAAAAUAACACUUCCUCCUCAAACUCAAUCACCAGCAGUCAUAUAUAUGGUAAUAAUAAUUCUAGUCAUUCAUCGAUGGGAAUAAAUCCUGAUGACGACCUUUCUUCUUCAUCUCAGAAAUAUAAAACCUCUGCAAAUUUAAUCGAAGCAAGAGUUCCUGUUUAUUGGAGAUUACUACAAGAUGAAUUAUCUGAAUUGACAGACACGUUUAACACAAUGACAGAUGCUUUGGAUCAGCAUUAUUGUCUGCUAGAAGAAAGAGUUAGAGCGAGAACGAAACAAUUAGAAGCUGCAAAAAUCCAGGCUGAAUCGGCUAAUGAAGCUAAAACAGUUUUUAUUGCAAAUAUUUCACAUGAAUUGAGAACGCCAUUAAAUGGUAUACUGGGUAUGACUGCUAUUUCGAUGGAAGAAGAUGACGUAGAUAAAAUUAGGGGGAAUUUAAAAUUAAUUUUUAGAUCUGGUGAACUAUUAUUACAUAUUUUAACAGAAUUACUAACAUUCUCAAAGAAUGUCUUACAAAGAACCAAGUUAGAGAAAAGAGAUUUUUGCAUUACAGAAGUGGCCUUACAAAUAAAAUCAAUUUUUGGUAAACUUGCCAAAGAUCAGCAUGUCAAACUUUCAAUUAUAUUAAUGCCUAAUAUACUACGGUCAUAUGUUCUAUGGGGAGAUUCUAAUAGAAUUAUUCAAGUUGUGAUGAACUUAGUUUCCAAUGCAUUAAAAUUCACUCCUGUAGAUGGUAAUGUUGACGUUAGAAUAAAUCUACUGGGAGAGUAUGAUGAAGAAAGGAGUAAAGCUGAAGAUUAUAAAAAGGUUUACGUUAAGCAAGGAACAGAAUUACCACUUAAUAUAUCUCAUUUAAAAACUGAAGAAAAUAAUGAUAUAUCGAGGAAAUCUGAAACAGAACUAAAUAAUGACGAAAAUGAAACCCAUACUAUUUCAAAAGAUGACACUGCAGAUAGUUCUAUUAAAAUCGGCAAUGAAGAUGUGGAAAUUUCUGAAGUUGAUAAAAUGGGAAUGGCAUCACUUGUUACAACAUCUUCUAAAUCAUAUGAUGACACUGCAUUAAUGAAACAACUUAUCAAAUCGACUGAUUUAGAUGAUGACGAAAACAAAUUGGGUGUAGAACUAAAAGAACAGAAGACAUGGGUAAUUUCUGUAGAAGUGAAAGACACUGGUUCUGGUAUUGAUCCUAAAUUACAAGAAUCAGUAUUUGAACCAUUUGUUCAAGGUGAUCAAGCAUUGUCGAGACAAUAUGGUGGUACUGGUUUAGGUUUAUCAAUUUGUAAGCAGUUAUCUACCAUGAUGAAUGGUACAAUGGAAUUAGAAUCUGAAGUAGGUGUUGGUAGCAAAUUUAUAUUUACUCUUCCCUUGAAACAAACAAGAGAAAUCAGUAUACCUGAUGAUGAAUUAUUCAAUGAUGAAUUUAAUGCUGUUAGUAAGAAAAAUAGAAAAGUUAAAUUUAAAUUUUCUGGUUCAAGCAGUGCUAAAAGUAUUAAAACAAGAAAUUCAAUUGGAAGCUCUCUUAACAAUAGGCAUAGUACUACUUCUAUAGAUUCAUCAUCGUCAGACUCGGAUGAAGAAGAUAAUGUUCGUCCAUCGUCGGUCAGGUUGAAUAGACCAUUCCUACAAAGUACCGGUACAGCUACAUCCACACAGAAUGUCCCAACUUUAAAUGCUCACACAGAUGAUAAAUCUAAAAAUAAAGUACUUAAUAAGAUGGAUUUGAUUUAUAUUUUGGUAGCAGAAGAUAAUCACGUAAACCAAGAAGUUAUCAAAAGAAUGUUAAAACUUGAAGGUAUCAACAAUAUUGACUUGGCUAGGGAUGGCCAAGAUGCAUUUGAUAAGACAAAAAUGUUAUCGGAAAAUAAUGGAAAUUAUGAUAUAAUAUUUAUGGAUGUUCAAAUGCCAAGACUUGAUGGUUUAGCCGCAACAAAAAUGAUUAGAGAAGAGCUGAAUUAUACACAGCCUAUUGUUGCAUUGUCUGCAUUCCCAAAAGAGGAAAACGUCAAAGAAUGUUUAGAUGUUGGUAUGAACGACUUUUUGUCAAAACCGAUCAAGAGACCAGAUUUAAAAAUAAUUUUAAAAAAAUAUAUAGAGGACUUUCAAUAA